GAGCCACGUCAGUGAGGCUCUAGUUCAGUCUUUAUCUUCAGACUCCAAACUGAAGGGACGGACACUCAUGGCAGAAAGGCCCAUGUAACUGAAAGAAAGUUUGACAUGAAGCGAGUAGUUUGAUUAUCACCAUCCUUGAGUACAGGAGGAGAAAAGUGGAUGUCUGCAGCAUGUGCUACCCGUGGCACUUGAAAAAACUGCUCUCAAAAAGACAGCUCCAGCUCCAGGUAUUCAAUGACAUCUUAACGGGGUUGCUGUAAAGGACUAAUGCCUAAACUGUCUCAGCAUGGCCUAUCGAGGAGGAGGUGGGCGCCGCCAUGGUCCCUCAGCGGCAUUCCACCCUGUUAGCCCUGGACGUCUUUUCACAUGUAGAACUCCUACUCAUAACAUAUGCAUGGUGUCGGACUUUUUCUACCCGAAUAUGGGAGGCGUGGAAAGCCACAUUUACCAGCUCUCUCAGUGCCUGAUUGAAAGAGGACACAAAGUCAUAAUUGUCACCCAUGCUUAUGGAAAUCGAAAAGGCAUCCGUUACCUCACUAAAGGCCUCAAAGUCUAUUACUUGCCUCUGAAAGUUAUGUACAACCAAUCUACAGCCACAACCCUCUUUCACAGUCUGCCUUUGCUCAGGUACAUAUUUGUUCGAGAGAGAGUCACCAUAAUCCACUCACAUAGUUCCUUUUCUGCCAUGGCCCAUGACGCCCUCUUCCACGCCAAGACAAUGGGGCUCCGUACAGUCUUCACGGACCAUUCCCUUUUUGGAUUUGCUGAUGUCAGCUCGGUGCUUACAAACAAGCUUCUAACUGUCUCUCUUUGUGACACAAACCACAUAAUUUGUGUCUCUUACACUAGUAAGGAGAACACUGUGCUAAGAGCAGCACUGAAUCCUGAAAUAGUGUCCGUCAUUCCUAAUGCUGUAGAUCCUACUGACUUCACUCCAGACCCAUUUAGAAGGCAUGAUAGCAUAACUAUUGUUAUUGUCAGCAGACUUGUUUACAGAAAAGGUACUGAUUUGCUUAGUGGUAUAAUACCUGAACUCUGUCAGAAAUAUCAAGAUUUAAAUUUCAUAAUUGGAGGAGAGGGACCAAAGAGAAUAAUUUUGGAAGAAGUACGGGAAAGAUACCAGCUACAUGACAGAGUGCGUCUCUUGGGAGCCUUAGAACACAAGGAUGUUAGAAAUGUCUUAGUUCAAGGACAUAUUUUUCUUAAUACUUCCCUUACUGAAGCAUUCUGCAUGGCCAUUGUGGAAGCAGCCAGUUGUGGUUUACAGGUUGUAAGUACCAGGGUUGGUGGAAUUCCCGAAGUACUUCCAGAAAAUCUCAUUAUUUUAUGUGAGCCUUCUGUAAAAUCCUUGUGUGAAGGAUUGGAAAAAGCUAUUUCCCAGCUGAAGUCCGGAGUAUUGCCAGCUCCAGAAAAAAUCCAUAACAUAGUAAAGACUUUCUACACCUGGAGGAAUGUUGCGGAGCGAACGGAAAAAGUGUACAAUCGUGUGGCAGGAGAAACUGUGUUACCAAUGGACAAACGACUGGAAAGACUCAUGUCUCACUGUGGCCCAGUAACAGGCUGCAUUUUUGCUUUGUUGGCCGUAUUCAACUUUCUCUUCCUCACUUUCCUGAGGUGGAUGACUCCAGAUUCUCUCAUUGAUGUGGCAAUUGAUGCCACAGGGCCAAAGGGUGCCUGGAUUAAUCAAUAUCCUUAUAGUAGAAAACGGGGCAGGAAUAAAACCAGGUAGAAGAAAGCCUGGAUUGGAAGAUUUUAAAUAUUUGUAACAGUGCUAUUAUAUUAAGCCUAUUGAAAAUAACCUUGCUUUUCCCCUUUUUUUAAGGUUAAUUUAGUAAGUUGUGCUACCUCUAUAUCAUUCAAUGUUUUACUUUGAGGAAAGAUAACUUAUGCAAUUCCUGAGUGUAGAAACUUCUUGCACUUAUUUAAAAUUUAAGAGAGAACCUAUUUAAGUCACUCAGGUAUGAUAUUUUUCAGAUUUCUGAAAUCCUUCUAGCAGAAAUGUUUUCACAUAUUUUGGGAGCUUUGGGUGCUGAAGGGCCAAAUGUUUUCUGGGCAUUUUUUUCUUUUGGCCAAUUUAAAUGUUCUGCCAUUAAUUAGAUAUUCACCAGAUGUUUACAAGUUUCCUUUAUGGAAGUACAACAACCCUAUGAACUAUUUUAAGUCAUGUCCAUGCAACUUUAUUAGAUAUUUAAGUCAUGUUCUUAACCUUUUCUUGGGAACACUCAGUAAGUGUUACAUAUAAUCAGCAGGUUUCUUGAAUAAAAGAAGGUCUGUCAGGUACUAGCCUGCUUUAAGCGCCUACUAUGUGUAGAACAUUGAACUAGACACUUUCUGCCCUGAAGGACCAGGGUGCUUUCACUGUUUACCACUCAAAUGGCUCACUUCAUUGGGGUCACUUGACGUGAAAUGGUAAACCAUACAACAUGCCAAAAAUGCUCAUGCUUUUAAUGCCACGAAACAGUUGCCGAUCCGCUCAGAGUACUUUGAUCCUGCUGUGUGCAUUCUUCUAGGUAGAGCCUUCAUUUUCAGUUGCGUUUAUGAAAAUGCUGUUUGCUUUUUAAGUACUAGGGACCGAUACCACUGUUGAUGAGAGUGCAGAGACAAACCCUCCACAUCUUUCAGUGCAUAAUUUAGUUCUCUGUAAAUGCCUUCACGUUUUCCGAGCAGAAUGUAUGAGAUGUGCCAUCUCAAACUCAGCUGCUACCCUGUACCUUUGGGAGAAGUCACUUCCCUUCACUUGUGGCCUAGCUGAUACCUGAUAAGUAUUGUCAGUGUGCAAAAAAGUCUUUACCCCAGAAUGUUUUUUCCUGGUGAAUUGAGUCUGAAAAUUUAAGGAAUACAAGUCUCUUCGUGGAUGGAUGCGUUGUUAACUGUAAUCGUUGCCCAGAGCCAUGGGUUUUAAAACCCCAAAUUAUCCACAUGGUGUGUCUUACUGAACUCCUUUGAAUAAAUUUUUGUGAUAAAGGGUUGAAAUGGAAAGAAAAGAGGCACGUGUGGGUGCACUACAUAGAUUCUGGCAGUAUUGUGAUUGUGUACAGGAUUUUUUAAAAUGACAAUAUUUACACAACUUUUUAAAGAGUAUCUUAUCAUGCCUAUUAACCAGUUGCCACUGAUAUAAAGAAGUAUAUUCGUGUUUCAUACUAAAACACAAAUGCAAGAGUGCAAUUUUUAAAUCUAGAAGUUAGGAGUUCUUUAGUUAAAGAAAAAUGGACUGACCCAAACCAUUAAAUCUUAUUGGGAUUUUUAUGCACAGAAACUGACUUAUAUAAAUAUUGAAUAAACAGUGCCAAUCUUCACCAUAAAGUGAGAAACUAACGUUUGGUUUUAUUCAGCAAUUUUCAAAGGCAUACUUUUUUUCUUAUAUUUUUGUUUCUUGGCAUAUUAUUUUCAAAGUCGUUAUUGUCAUUUAUUUCAGGUGGACAUAGGCAUUAAAGUUCUUGCACGUAAAAUAUAUAAUUUGCAAAUUAAAAUUAUUUUUCUUUUUUUUUGACAAAUGGAAGUAAAUUUGCUAGUUCUACUAAAUCAUUUUCAGGCUUCCCAGAUACUUUAAUUGAAACUGUCAGUGUUGCACUGGUCAAUAUGUGGAAACAUAUUGUUCUACCCUCUACUUACAUUUAUUUGCAAGUGAAUUUGCAGUAAUGAGGAUUUUAUGCAAAAUGUGUUUCUUAUGAUGUUACAAAAAGUAGCACUUGUAAAACUGAUUUAUGAAAACAUUCUACAUGUCCUAGAAAAAUAAAGACCAAAUUAACAUUUUCACAA